CAUCAGCAUAGGAAGUUCUAGUAUCUGAUCACCGAGAAUCAUUCAGCUUGGCCAUCCGUGACCCCUGAUGUGAUGAGCUCCUCAUGGUGGCACUAUUGUCCUGACUCCAUCAGGUAUUUGUGUCCAGGUAAUGAGCCGUCUCAGCUUUAAGGCUGUAAGAAAAGCAGGUGCCCAUCAGUACAGGUACGGGAGCAGUAGUUAACAGGGAUCACACCGGUGGAUCAGGCUACCUAAAGGACUGCAGCUUGUCAUAUUUCGCCCUGCCGAGGUCCACGUCCACACAUGUGAUGCAGUCACUCGCCCAAGAAAUUAAAUCAUUCUCCAAGACCAACCUGAGAAAGCAAUGCACCCGGGUGACGACUCUGAGCGGGAGGCGGAUUAUUGAAACAUGGAAAGGGACCACUGUCCAUGUGGUUGAGGACACUGUCCAACCUGAAACACCGUGUGGAUACAUUCAGGAUAAUACAUGGGACCUCCAAGUGGGAUAUAUUAGACCUUAUUUAUUACUGGGUUCACAGGAUGCUGCUCAUGACUUUGGCACUUUAAAAAAGUACAAGGUCACUCACAUCCUGAAUGUGGCGUACGGUGUGGAAAACGCUUUCCCAGAUCUAUUCAUCUAUAAAACCCUGAGCAUACUGGAUCUGCCCGACACUGACAUCAUAUCACACCUGCAUGAGUGCGCACAGUUCAUAGACCAGGCCAAGGCUGAGAAAGGUGUAGUGCUGGUCCACUGUAACACCGGUGUGUCUCGGGCAGUCUCUGUGGUCAUCGGAUACCUGAUGUGGAGAGAAGGCCAGUCAUUCGAUGAUGCGUUUUCUCAGGUGAAGUCAUCGAGGCCAGCGUCGUGUCCAAACCCGGGUUUCAUCGACCAGCUGAAAAACUUCAAACCCCAAUGUGGUGUAGAAGCAAACGGUCUGACUGGCCAUUCAUAAAUCCUCCUACAUUGUGUGUGUGUGUGUGUUAAUUCUAAAGGCACCGGUGCUUUUGAUGAGGUUUUUAAACGGCCAUAACCAUGAUAAUUGUGACCUUCAGUGAGCAUGAGGAGGAACGAGCAUUUAGAUUGCUCGGGACAAAUGCUAAAGUUGUUAUGGAUGAUAUAUACACAUACAAAUAUAUACACAAUGUUUUUUUUUUUUUAAAACAAGCUUGAGAAUCAGCUUUCUAACAUAACAGAGCUCUAACAUAAUUCUUGUUAACCUAUUAGUAUUAUUAUUAUUUUUCCUUAACCCCAUUUUUGACUCUUUUAUCAGGAUGACUAGAAAUAUAAUUUGUUCUAAAGGAUUUUUAGCGUUACAGUAGAAGCCCUUAAUGUACAUUUAACACACUUUAAAGUGCACUUCCCUUCACUUUCCUAAGUAAAAUCAAAGCCUUUGGGAAAAUCAACUUAGAAGUACUUUCUGAGAUUUCGGACACUCUUUAUAUAUGUUCUCGACUCUCAGGAAGGUUCAGGGAAUGCUCUGGAUUAAUCAUCAGAAAGGAUACAGAAUAGCGACAAAUAUAUAUUUCAUUUUUAAAGCCGCCUGUGCAGACUUGAACUGUAAUUUGUUCUAUUUCAAUCUACAAAAUAAAAAAAAUAAAAUGUUAGUGUUAAUGAUGAAGUUGUGUAUGAUGUAGGUUGAAU